AACGACACAUCACUAGGGCAGGCGCUACGCACGAAGACAGGAAGUAUGAGACGGGAGAGGGAAACAUUCGCGUGACGGCAGAGAAAAUAAUAAAGCUGAAAUAGAUAUUAAUUUUGCAUGUUUCUAGACAUCUGGACUGGGCAGAGUGAAACAUCAUCAUCUGGCUGUCUUCACACUAUAACUCACCACAGAGGGAUUUGUGCAGAAUGGGCAAGGGACGAAUUCACUACUGCUCACAGUGUGGGAAGAGUUUUGUCAGCCUGAGUAAUCUCAAACAACACAUGCGCAUUCACACUGGAGAAAAGCCAUAUUGCUGUUCACAAUGUGGAAAGAGGUUUACACAUCAUAGUAACUUAAAGACACACCAGCAUCUUCACACAGGACAGAAGCCAUAUCAUUGCUCAGAGUGUGGGAAGAGUUUUGCACAUUCAAAUGCUUUAAAAGUUCACCAACGCAUUCACACAGGAGAGAAGCCGUAUCGCUGCUCACAGUGUGGGAAGAGUUUUGUUUGCAGUUGGUAUCUCAAAAAACAUGAACGUAUUCACAGAGGAGAAAAGCCCUAUUGCUGUUCAAACUGUGGAAAGGGCUUUAGAGACACAGAUGAUUUAAAGGUUCAUGAGCGCAUUCACACCGGAGAGAAGCCAUAUCAUUGCUCACACUGUGGGAAGAGUUUUACAAAUUCAAGUGCUUUAAAAACGCACCAACGCAUUCACACAGGAGAAAAGCCGUAUCAGUGCUCACACUGUGGAAAGUGUUUUAAACAGUUAAAUGCUUUAAAUAUUCACCUGGGCACUCACACAGGAGAAAGGCCAUAUCAGUGCUCACACUGUGGAAAGAGUUUUACAAAUUCAAGUGCUUUAAAAACUCAUGAGCGCAUUCACACAGGAGAGAAGCCAUAUCAUUGCUCAUACUGUGGGAAGAAUUUUACAAAUUCAAGUGCUUUAAAAACUCACCAGCGCAUUCACACAAGAGAGAAGCCGUAUAAGUGCUCAUACUGUGGGAAGAGUUUUACUCGAUCCAGUGAAGUGAAAAAGCAUCAGCUUACUUACAAUAGAGCGAAAUGUAUUGCUGAUCACAAUGUUGGAAGUGUUGUAAAGAUUUAAAUAAUUACAUUACAGAAUAAAGAAUGUUUUAAAAGGCAUCAGCAGUUUAUUACAAACACAUAGUAUAUACCCAUAGAAUAUGUACAUGUUUCAUUAUUCAUGCGGCUGAAUUUUAUGUAUACUCAUGUUCAGUCUGUGAAGGUUGGUUAAUUUUAGACUCCAGUCUCGGCCUUCCUGCUCUGUGGCUAACUCUCAAGGCACGAUAUAACAGGGCCUUAACAGUUUACCACUGUGUAAGUGAUUUCUUCUGGCUGUAAAUAUGAUUCAAAUAAACUGUCUUACUU